GUCUUUUUGAGCAGGCUUAUGGUCCGAGCAUGACUCCGACGCUUCAUCCUUCGGGAAAUGUGUUAUUAGCUGAGAGAAUCUCUAAGCGAUAUCAGAAACCGAGUCGUGGAGAUAUAGUUGUGAUACGAUCUCCAGAGAACCCUAAUAAGACCCCGAUUAAAAGAGUUGUUGGUAUUGAAGGUGAUUGUAUAAGCUUUGUGAUUGAUCCAGUGACGAGUGAUAUAUAUCAAACCAUUGUGGUUCCUAAAGGACAUGUCUUUGUUCAAGGUGACUAUACUCAUAACUCGAGAGACUCAAGAAACUUUGGUCCUGUACCUUAUGGUCUUAUUCAAGGCAGAGUGCUUUGGAGGGUAUAAGCUUUUUGUCAUUAACAUACAAAUAGAGUCGGAUUAACUGA